AUGCCAUUCUUUCAAUCCUCCCGUCAAUCCAAACAGCUACUUGUCUCGUCGAAAAGCGCAGAAGACCAUGACACUCAACUACGCCCACCAUCCAAUUCCUGGAUCGAGCACCUCCUAUUCUGCCUCCUCGUUGUUCCCUUAGCUCUAAGCAUGCUUCUGUUAUAUAGCGAUGCCAGCAGCUGGCACCUUCCCGACAACUUAUACGUUUUUGUGAACACAAAUCGAACUUCUGUCCAGACGGCAGUUCAGAUCUUCGGUGCCAUUCUGGCAGCCAUCGAAGUCUUCGCACUCUGUCGCUUGAUCAACUUGACAACUCGGAUUCGGUUCACGCAAGCUCCAGUGUCCCUCAACGUGCUUGGAUUCUGGUCCGCACUGUCCACUCCCACGAACAACUUCUGCCUCCCUUUCUGGAUGAUUGUCAUCACCGUGGUGUUCGGAAACCUAUCUGCUGUCAUCUCAGCACUAUGGACAGGUGCUUUAACGCCAGCAGACUCUGUCGGAAUCCAGCAUUCCACUCUCUUAAUUCCAGACUGGUCGGACCUCAAUCUAAUCAAAGAAUACCCGGGCCAGAUCGACAAGACUGGGUUGACCAUCCGUGAGACAAAGGGUUACUUCACCUAUUCAGUCGGCCUAGGCCUGUUGGGAUCCCUGUUAUCAUCGGUCAACUCCGCCUCUCCAAUCCACGGCGGCGUUCGAGAUCACCCUAAACUCGAUAACACCCGAUACAACUACCACGGUCGUUCUUACGGAGUUGGCGCAAGUGCCGGCCUAUCAGAUGAAACCCUCGUCUCCAUUCCUCAUGCACAAAACUAUACCUUCAACGAAAUCGGCCUGGAUGCAUCCGUCGACUGCAUUUAUAAUAGAAGCUCUAUGUUUAUCCUCCAAAUGCUUCCACAAACCACGCUCCACGCAGCUCGCGGGUUGCUCCCCGACAGCAACCUCAGUGCGCCGGAAUACUCAGUGUACAUCGGUCGGGGCAACGAUACGAUAGUGGCAAUGGGUGUUGCGGCAGAUCCAGUCGCAUACACCGCAAAACGGUACGUGGCCGUCACAGCAGGGAGCUACUACGAUAAUAUCAAUCAAGUCCAAUGUGCGGUGACGUUCAACCCGGCACUGUUCAAUGUCUCGGUCGAUACCCAAGCGAGGAAUAUAAGUGUUAGCAAAGUGAAUGUCUCCCAGUCAAAUACCACGGCGAUCCAUGAUAUCGAUCCGCAUCACAAUAUAACCCAUGUCGUCAUGCGCCAACUCGAACUGAUCGCCAAUGACUUGACCAGUUACUAUCGCUCGACGCUCGGUGAUGCCUUCAACGCUAGCAUUAGUGAUUACCGUACUUCCGUCACUGGAGGUAAUUUCUCAGAAACACAGAUUGUCAUGAAGGGAAUGGAGAAUGCAGUGACGUCGUUGGUCGACGAUAUCCUGGUAGCGUAUGCUUCAGCGCAAUUGGUAGUCGGCGAAUUCAGCACGUCCGCACCUGCAAUAGUUCAAAUUGCUACUCUUCGUGUCGGAUCGCGAGCGUAUAUUGUUGCGAGUGCGGUAAUCAGUGGUCUGAUUGCGCUUCUGGUGCUUGGGGAGGGCGCUCGCAUGAGAUGGUGGAAGGAGCUUCCUUCUUUUGAUUAUCAUGAUAAUCGAGCGUUGAUUGUUAGUGCGUCCAGGGGAGGGAAGGGAGUUGCCGAGUAUGCGGAACAGCUAGAAUGUAAGGAUCUUGGUAGAGUGCCAGUGAUUUGGAAGAGGGGACCUGAAACCUGGGACCAUGGCGAGAUUGUGUUCGAAGCCAUGCUGGACGACAUGAAGGAUGAUAUUCGGGAGACAGAGUCUGGUCGAACUUCGGCCACUUGGAUAUGA